AUGGCGUCCUCUGAGAGAAACCGGAAGUCCCGCCCACAGGCCGUGGCAACAAAGUGUAGACGCAGCCGCACCAAAUUCACAGAAGAGCAAUUGAAAAUCCUCAUUGAUGCAUUCAACAAAAAACCUUACCCGGGUUAUGCCAUCAAACAAAGACUUGCUUUGGAAGUCAACACUGAAGAGUCUAGGAUCCAGAUAUGGUUUCAGAAUCGAAGAGCUAGGCACAGGUUCCUGAAAAGACCUGAGAAGAACUUAGACUUAAGACAAGACCGAGCUUACCCUGAAGAGAACAUUCAAGGUGUGAGAGACAGACGAUGUCGUACCAGCUAUACUUCUUCCCAAUUACAAACUCUUAUGAAUGCGUUCAUGGAAAACCCUUAUCCUGGGAUUGAUUCCAGACAGCAACUUGCUGAAGAUAUUGGGGUUCCAGAGUCAAGAGUCCAGAUUUGGUUUCAAAACCGAAGAUCUAGACUCCGUAUCCAGAAGAAAAGAGAACCCGAAGAAGGUUCAGCCCAAGGACAAAACCAGGGACGAGAUCUCUGA